AUGUCAUUGCCUUCUCCUCCCAGCAAGCGAUCAUGGGUUGACUGCCACGGAGAGGACUGUGGGCAUCCUCACUGUCGGAGUUGUGAGCGAGUAACAUCGUGUCGAAGGCGGCCGAAGAAGCCUGUGCUGACAUGCUAUAGUGCAUCGGCAAUAGACACAACCUACUACGAUGGCCGCUGGCCGAAGCUCCUCUACGAAGCUCAUUUCCGGAAAGCGAAGGCCAGAAAGGCGUCGACGUCCCGUGUUGCCGCUGGGACACGUCCGGCAUCUGUUGCGCGAUGCGCGGUCCACACAUGGGACUCCGCCACCUGGCUUCGUGUGAUAACGGCUCUGGAGGAUACCACAGUUCGCGAGAUCCUGCUUCCAACCAGUCAGACCUCGGCACACGCCCAGCAAGCUAUCUUGAAGGAAGUCGAAGCCAAGAAGGUGUCCGACCAGGUACGGGAGAACUCGUUCGCCCAUGCUUUCAACGAGGUCGCCAGGAUCUACAAACGAGCCAUUGAGGCAAUCAAAGCAAUCAUUGAGAGCAUUCAGGAGCAAAUCUCACUCGAAUUGACAUUUGAUUCGAAACGGAACGCACUGCUCGCUCAAUGCGAUGUUGCGGAACAGUGUAUCCACGGCCCUGGUAGCGAUCUUGGCUCCUCGGUCCGCGAGAGUUCCCAGUACAGGAACGAUUUCGGCACCGCUUUGACACAUGUCCUUGAGCCAAUGUCUGACGAAGAGAUUGGCCUGAUCAGGGAUGAUGCAAGACUUGUUGAUCGGGUUGUAGAGGUGAAAGAUUUCGCAGACAGCUACUGCAUGGAAAUGGGUGUUGACAGUGUCCUUCGGGAGCUUGAGGCAGAUGAUGAGGCCGAACAUGAUGAGGACGAAGGAGCAGAGGCGGAAGACGACGAGAGCGUUGACUAUUGCAAGUAUAUAAUUCCAAGCUAG